AUGAUCAAAGAUGAGGAUACCAGAGUAAAAUUGACAAGUGAUAAUGAAUUUUAUAUUAAUGCAAAUUAUAUUGGUGUGGAUGAUAAAGUUUUGUAUAUUGCUGGACAAGGACCACUUGCUAAUACAAUUUACGAUUUUUGGAGAAUGAUAAUAGAGGAGGAUGUAAAGGUGAUUUUAAUGUUGGCAAAUGUGAUUGAAAAAAAUUCUAAAAAAUGUGAACAAUACUGGCCUAAUUUGGGAGACAAGGGAGGAGCAACACCAGAUGACAGCAAUCCACGAGAACAAAGAGAUAUUAUCGUAUCUAAUGUUAAUGAGGAUUUAAUUAAGAAUGAAAUAUAUGAUAGAACCAUCAAGGUUGGAUUUUCUGGAGCAGAGGAAAAAAUUGUCCAUAUUGUUCAUUUUACUACAUGGCCUGAUUUUGGAGUUCCUAAUUUGAGUACAUUCUCAGAAGUGGUCUAUUUAGUCAAUAAUUUAAAUACAACUAAAUCAAAGAUUUACGUGCAUUGCUCAGCUGGUGUUGGAAGAACUGGAACAUUUUGUUUAGUUGACUCAAUUCUCAAAGAUUACCAAAAUGGUGUGGAUAUUGAUGCAGAAAAAAUUAUGGAAAGAGCUGUUUCUUUAAAGGUUUGUUUAGUAUUUCAACAAUUAAUUUUAACAUUAAAAUUGCAGAAACAAAGAUUUGGCAUGAUCCAAACACAAGAACAAUACCAUUUUGCCUAUUCUUCCAUUGCACACAUUAUUGAGCAAAAUGUAAAUAAAUAA